AUAAUAAAUAUGUCAAAGAAUAAUGAUGGAUUCUUCUCAUUAGAGGAUGAGAAUGAUUUAGAUCAAGAUCAAGAUCAAGAUGGCAUUGCAUAUAUGUUGAGACAGACGACUGCUGCUUCAGGUAGCAGUAGUAGUAGUAGCAAUAAUAAUAGGAAUAAUAAUGAUAAUGAUGAUGAUGGAGAUGGAGAAGAGAUAUCAUUAGUAGAUCAUAAAUCAGAUAGUAUAAAUGAACCAUCAGAGAAUACUACAUUGAUCGGUGGUUCACAACAACAACAACAGCAACAACAACAAGAGUAUGACGAUGACGAAGAAGCUGACUUGGAGGACUUCUCAAACAUGAUCCUCGCCAUUCUCAAACCUGUAACAAUCACAAUGUUCUUGGUCGUCUGGGCAGUCAGAUCAUUGAACUCUAGCAACAACAGCUAUCUAGGCUCGGCAGGCAACAUUGGAGUGAUUAUAUAUAGUGGCGAAGAGGGUGGUUCAUCGCCUUCAACAGGUACACUUAUAUGGCAGUCACUGUUGAAUGGAUUGGUAUUCUUGGUGAUCAUUCUAUUGACAACAGUAUGCUUUGUACUAUUAUACAAAUACCGUUGUCUAAAGGCUAUCUACACAUGGUUAUUCCUCUCAGUUGGCAUUCUCCUCGGUGCAACAGGUGGUUAUAUCUUCCUGGCAAUGCUUGAAGCCAAUAACCUGCCACUAGACUGGGUCACAUUCGCAUUUGUAAUGUUUAACUUUAGUGUUGGAGGCAUUAUAUCAAUCUUUUGGUACGCACCAACAUUGCUCAAUCAAACCUAUCUCGUGGUAAUCUCUGCAUUGAUGGCCAUCUCAUUCACCAGGAUGCCAGAGUGGACUACCUGGACCAUCUUGGCUGUCAUCUCUAUUUAUGACCUGUUUGCUGUGUUGUGUCCAAAGGGUCCAUUGAGAGUGUUGGUUGAGACUGCACAGGAGAGGAAUGAGACCAUUCCAGCAUUGAUUUACAACGCCAACUUUGAGCCUCCAAGUCGUCCAUAUGAUCAGCCACAGCAGCAACAGCAACAACAGUCACCGCCACCACAGCAACCACGAGCUCAAGGAGACAACCUUGGUGAGGGACAAGAGGAUCAACAACAACCACAGGCUCAACAACAGGAGGGUGAUCAAGUUGUCGUCGAGGAGAUGGUCGAGGAGCCAAAGAGAAGUCUUAAGCUUGGUCUUGGCGACUUUGUAUUCUACAGUGUACUCAUGGGCAGAGCUGCCCUGUUCGAUAUCAGCACAGUAUUCACAUGCUUUGUUGCCAUUAUUACUGGACUCUUUGCUACACUUAUCUUGCUGGCGAUAUUCAAGAAGGCAUUGCCUGCACUGCCCAUAUCAAUUGCAUUUGGAAUCAUCUUUUACUUCCUCACAAGAAUCUUCCUCUAUCCAUUCAUUGAAACAGUUGGACAAGUUGAAGUAUUCAUUUAG